AUGUCUAUAGUUAAGAACUGGUGGAUGAAAAAUGAUGGCACAACUGGGAAAAAGCAUUCAUCUAAAGACAUACAACCUAUUGGAGCAUUUUUACAGCAGAAAUUUUCUCGUGGAGUUGAUUAUAACUUGAAAAUUGUGAUACGUGGUGAUCGUAGUGUUGGUAAAUCAACGUUACUUUCUCGCUUAAAAGGUGAACAAUUUAAAGAAGAAUAUAUCCCAUCCAAUGAAAUUCAGUUAGCCAAUAUUCACUGGGAUCAUAAAAACUCUCAAAGUGUAAUUAAAGUAGAAGUUUGGGAUGUUGUUGACAAGGGGAAACCUAGAAAUACACCAAAAGGUUUAAAAGUUUUCAGAAAAUUAACGAACAAUCCACCUGAUGUAACUAUCGCCGGAGAGACUUUUUGUAUCCAUAUAAAAAUGAUUCUGUGUACCGAGAAAGCUUUUACAGUAAGUUCUCUAUACGGAUUUUUCCUCAGUUUAUUACGAAGAAUUUGUAAAACGUGUGCUUUCUUACAUUGUAUAUGGAAAAAUUUCACUUCAACAUCCGAGAAAGGAAUUUUUAUCUAUUCUAUUGUUAUUUGA